AUGGAUUGCAAAACCUUAACACUUUUCAAUUUCCUCUCCACGUUUAUUUCCAUCGCAGAAUUAAUUAUUCAUCCAUCCAAUGAAGUUAACCUGUUGGACUCCAAAGCAAGCCAAGGGGAGCUGGGCUGGAUAUCAUCCCCAUCCCAUGGGUGGGAGGAAAUUAGCGGCGUGGAUGAGCACUACACGCCCAUCCGGACCUUCCAGGUGUGCAACGUGAUGGAGUACAGCCAGAACAACUGGUUGAGGACCAACUGGAUUCCUCGCAAUUCUGCACAGAAGAUCUAUGUGGAGCUCAAGUUUACCCUGAGAGACUGCAACAGUAUUCCCAUGGUCCUCACCUGCAAAGAAACGUUCAACUUACACUACCUGGAGACUGACGAAGACCAGGGAAGUAUGUUUCGCGAGCACCAGUUCUCCAAAAUAGACACCAUCGCCGCCGAUGAGAGUUUUACUCAGAUGGACCUGGGCGACCGUAUCUUGAAGUUAAACACAGAGGUCCGUGAAGUGGGGCCUAUGACUAAGAAGGGCUUUCACCUGGCUUUCCAGGAUGUGGGAGCCUGCGUGGCCCUAGUUUCAGUGCGGGUGUACUUUAAAAAAUGUCCUUUCACAGUGAGGAACCUGGCUAUGUUUCCCGACACUGUACCCACGGACUCUCAGUCACUCGUGGAGGUUAGGGGCUCCUGCGUCAACCAUUCCAGAGAGGAGGAUCCACCAAAAAUGUACUGCAGUACCGAGGGAGAGUGGCUGGUGCCUAUUGGGAAAUGCCUGUGCAACAUAGGAUACGAGGAACGGGGAUUCGCUUGCCAAGCCUGCCGGCCUGGCUUCUAUAAGGCUUCUUCUGGGAACGUCGAGUGCUCCAAGUGUCCUCCACACAGCUACACACACCUGGAGGGAGCCGUGCACUGCGACUGCGAGAAAAACUACUUCCGUGCAGAAGAGGACCCCGUCUCCAUGGCCUGCUCUCGACCUCCGUCUGCUCCACGCAAUGUGAUCUCUGCCAUUAAUGAGACGUCGGUGAUUCUUGACUGGAGCUGGCCGGCUGACAGCGGAGGCAGGAAGGACGUGACUUUUAACGUGGUCUGUAAGCGAUGUUGGCCGGGUCCCAGGCAGUGUGAACCUUGCCUAGGGGCCGUGCGCUUCCUGCCCCGUGCCACCGGCCUCACUAACACGACAGUAACCGUAGUGGACCUCCUGGCACACACAAACUACACCUUUGAGAUUGAGGCCCAAAACAGAGUGUCCUCCCAGGCCCCCACGGUCCGCCAGUACGCUGCGGUCACCAUCACUACCAACCAAGCAGCUCCAUCUGCAGUGACCGUCAUCAGGAAGGACCGAACAUCCAGAAACAGCAUCUCACUGUCAUGGAUGGAGCCAGAGAGACCCAAUGGGAUCAUUUUGGACUACGAGGUCAAAUACUAUGAGAAGCAGGAACAAGAGACCAGCUACACCAUCCUGAGGUCAAAGGGCACAAACGUUACCCUGAACGGGCUAAAACCCGACACCACCUACCUGCUGCAGAUCAGAGCGCGAACCGCAGCUGGAUACGGCAGUAGCAGUCACAAGUUUGACUUUGAGACCAGUCCAGACUCCUUUUCCAUCUCCAGUGAGAACAGUCAGGUGGUGCUGAUCGCGGUCUCCUCCGCCGUGGCCAUCAUCCUCCUCACUGUAGUGCUCUACAUUGUGAUUAGCAGGUUUUGUAGAUACAGCAAGUCCAAACAUCCAGAUGAGAAGAGGCUGCCCUUUGGCAACGGCCACUUAAGACUGCCUGGCAUCAAGACCUACGUGGACCCACACACUUACGAAGACCCGAGUCAGGCCGUGCACGAAUUCGCUAAGGAACUGGAAGCGUCCUGUAUCGCCAUCGACAAAGUGGUUGGGGCAGGGGAGUUUGGAGAGGUGUGCAGCGGCCGAUUGAAGCUGCCGUCUAAGAAGGAGAUCUGUGUGGCCAUCAAGACGCUCAAAGCUGGAUACACAGAGAAACAAAGACGGGACUUCCUCAGUGAAGCGAGCAUCAUGGGACAGUUCGACCACCCCAACAUCAUCAGGCUGGAGGGUGUUGUCACACGCAGUAAACCUGUGAUGAUAGUGACCGAGUACAUGGAGAACGGCUCUUUGGACGGCUUCCUGCGAAAACACGACGCCCAGUUCACAGUGAUUCAGCUGGUGGGCAUGCUACGUGGCAUCGCAUCUGGUAUGAAGUAUCUGUCAGAUAUGGGUUACGUGCACAGAGAUUUGGCCGCUCGGAACAUCCUGGUCAACAGCAACCUUGUGUGCAAAGUGUCAGACUUCGGCUUGUCCAGAGUGCUGGAGGACGACCCGGAAGCUGCCUACACCACAAGAGGUGGCAAGAUUCCGAUCCGAUGGACCGCGCCAGAGGCCAUCGCCUAUCGCAAGUUCACCUCUGCCAGUGACGUAUGGAGCUAUGGCAUUGUGUUAUGGGAGGUCAUGUCUUAUGGAGAAAGACCUUAUUGGGAGAUGUCCAAUCAGGAUGUAAUAAAAGCGGUGGAUGAGGGCUAUCGUCUUCCCCCACCCAUGGAAUGCCCUGCCACACUUUACCAGCUAAUGCUAGACUGCUGGCAGAAGGACCGAAACAACCGGCCAAAAUUUGAGCAGAUUGUCAGCAUCCUGGACAAGCUCAUACGCAACCCCAGCAGUCUCAAAAUCACAGCCAGCACUGCUUCCAGACCGGUGAAUCUGCUUCUGGACAGGACCAGCACUGACAUCACUUCCUGUCACACAAUGGGUGAUUGGCUGGAGAGUGCCAGGACGUUGCCUUGUAAAGAUGCAUUCAGUGGGGUCAGCUACAGCUCCUGUAAUACACUGGCCAAAACAUCAGCAGAGGACUUCAAGAAAGUCGGUGUGAUGAUCGCUGGACCUCAGAAGAAGAUCGUGAGCAGCCUAACAACACUUGAAAUGCACUCAAAGAACGGUCCAGUUCCUGUCUAAAAAUUAAAAACGACUGACGGAAAUGAAAGACACUUGAGAUUGAUGCUGCUUUGGCUUUAAGAGACUGGACAUAGAUAUUAAAUGAAAAGAUGAAGUGGAACUACAAUUCUUGAACACAUGUGUGAAGCAGAACAAACGUCCUGGAGAAAGAUCAUGUCUUCACGGGCACAAGGUGCGUUGGUGAUGAGCGUGUCUCCCAGCGAUUGACAUGUUGCCUUAUCUGCGAUAGAGCGGCGGAUGAGCGCGGGCCUCGUGUUCAGGAGACUACUGUCACGCUGCAUGGCUUCUCCUAGAGGAGGCCGGUCCGAUCCGGAUGGAUUCAACGAAGAGCUCUUCACCUGUGGAAUCACAGCGGAGCAUUAAAAAGCCUUCAGGAAAAACUUUGCAAAAGCAUCCGUCUUCCUUUUGGAAGGUAGCACUUCAGAGAGGCAAUAGCUUGGACCCCAGAGUUUUGGUGGUUUCGAAGAAACUUGAAGAAAAUCCCCCUUUAAAUCUUCUAAAUAACGCAGGAGAAAUGCAGCUGGUUACUAUUAGAGCAAUCUGGUAAUGCUUGUUAGGAUCUGACACGUUUGAUAAUAAACCAUUAAUCUGCGCGUGCAGAGAGCUAUUCUUGAGAAUCAGGCAUGGAGUAGAGGAGACUUUGGGUAAACAUGUCAUUUUAAAGGUUUAUUUGUUAAUGUAGCCCAAGACACAUGUUUGUUUGUACCACUGUGUUCGGAUGAUAUAUUAAUUCAUUAUCAAAUAUAAAAAAAAUAGUACACUAUAAGAAAACAACUGUUUACUAGAAUCCGUAACAGUCAGUAAAUCGUAAUGCAUAACCCAGACAGAAUAGCAUGCUGAUGUGUUUUGUUAGCCAACCCAGAAGUUAGUAUCAUCAUGUUCCCACAACAAAAAGCCAACUUUCCCAUUGGUUUUUGGAUUAUUGCAGAAAAUUGACUCUUACACAUGUUGUUCAUCAUGAUGACCUUCUACAAUCGUUCAAAGUAAAAAGCCACAAUCGCAUUGCUUCAAUGUCACAUCACUUCCAACUCUUUCAGUCUUUAAGAAACAUUUUCCCUGAAAGUUUAAAUAAAAAUAAUUCGCGAGAGCGCCGUUAUACACACAUGGUGGUAAAAGUGGACUAUAGUCUCUAGACGAGUUUACCAGCUUAGCAUGAUGAUGUUUAAUGUCCCCGACAAUAUGUGAAAAUAUAUUGAGCUUGUGUUGUUCUAUACAGGCCUUAUUUCAGACAUUUAACCAAAAGACCAUUGAAGAUGGAACUGGGAGUGCUAUAAUGCAAACUUGUUUCUGGGUUUGGCUUGCAAAUACAGUAUCUGUACCAGCAGGAUUUUGAUCUCAGAAGUCUUAGAUAUGAUGCAUAGAAUGUGAAACAAAACAUUUUGCACCAAUUCGAAUAAUUUUUGUCACAUGACCUCAUCUUGGUUAAAUCUGCAAAAUCUAAUUAUCAUCUUGAAAUUAAAUCCAGUUCCUUUGUAUUGUUUAUCCAAUUUUGUGAAAAAUUCAACCUGAAAUCAUGUUGAAAUCUUGAGGUAUGACUCGCUCCACCUCUGAACUGGCUCUUUUUUUUUUUUUGUCCCCACAGACCCUCUCCAAUCACCUGAUUACAUUCUGGCAACAUCUACUUUUUACAAUCAAAAUCAGUUCCCAAUCAAUUAACCUUUUUAAGGUCCUUUUUCCCCCUUGUUGAAUAUCCUGGAAAUCAGAUUUUGAAACGAAAAUAAGUUGGAUAAAUGGAUAUCUUUUCACAUUGAGUUUAACAUUUGGCAACCAAUCAAAUAAUCAGUCAAGAAAGCACAAAUCCCGCCCCAUUGCUGAUUUCAUUGGUGGACUCAAGCAGGCAGUCACCUGUCAUGAAAAGAUCUACUGACAAGACCAAUGAAAGAGAGUUUGCGCUGAACUUGUUUGUGAGAGGAGAUAGAAAAAAAAAACACUCAGAAUAUCACAACUACUUCCGGCAAUUAAUUGUGCUGGAAAUGGAAGAUUAAAUCAAGCAGGUUGCAUUGUGGGAUACAGUAUUCUGGGCUGCUCUGUUGAAAACUGCACAUUUUUACAGUAGUAGCUCUUCUAGAUAUUCCAUGCAUACAAUACAUUUGCACACAGUGCGCAGUAUACAUACUAAACAGUAAGAGUAGUAUGGUAGUGUGCUAAUCCGAACGUUACCAUACUCUGUAAUUUCUUAUAGUGUAUGAUCACACAAAGAUUUGGACUAUAAAAUCUUCUAGAAGUGUGGAGGGUUAUUCUGAAAGGAUCAUUAGGAUCCACAGCCCUCAGUCUUCAAAACACAAGGGUUUACAUCAUUUAUUAGUUUGAAACUGAAUACUGGGCUUUAUUACGUCAAUAUCUGAAUAUUUUCAUCCUGAUCAUGAAAUCACAAAGUGACCGUCUGACCAUGUACUGCACCACCUAAUGAAGGAACAGUCUAUUUGUCCUCUACAUCCAUCUGAUUCUGCCUGUAAAUGUUGCUUUCUCCCUGCUGUUAGUACACAUGUGAACCAGACCUGUGGUGAUAGCAGUGGUGACUCUAGAGCUGUUAUCAUUUAAUGUCUGUACGUAUGUAUAAAAGAAUGAACAAAUAUCUGUGCAACCUCUGUAUUUUAUGUUAUUUUGUAUUAUAUUUGUUUUACAUAAAAAAAAAACUAUUAUAAUGAUUUAUUUAUUUCUUAACAACCAACAACCAUACACAGUGCAGUUUUUUUUUUUUUUUUUUCAUAGCAUUCAGUAAGUUAUGACAUGGUUAUGUUUCGACCCUACCAGUGUUUUUAUAUUUUACAUUGUUGAAGAUGAUGUUUUGAAGAGCAAUACUGUUUUGAGUCCUGUUCCCCUUCUUUUGAUUGAUGGGUGUGUGUGUGUGUGUGUGUGUGUGUGUGUGUGUCUACUAAUGUAAAAUGAUUUGUAGUGGAAACAUUUAUAUUUUUAUAAUAAACAUUCUCAAAAUAU